ACACGGGUGCGUACUCUAGCGGUGAAGGAGAGUUACUCUAAAAUAAACACCUAAUCCGUUAUCGUUGUUGGCUCCUCCCUCUUGCAGAACGAAACGAAUGCGUUCCAUUUCCCGGCGACGGUGAAUCUUACAUGCUCUUCAAUUAGGGUUUCGAAACUUCUCGAAUUCCCUCUUAUAAUUUCAAUAAACAACGCUCAACAUGGUGUCUCUUUCACUUUCAUCUCCCAAUUUCGCCACCGCUUUCCUCACCAAGAAACUGCCCCUCCGGGAAAUUACGCGAAAACCAACGAGAAAUUCUGAUGUUUCGUUUCGUACUAGAUGCGCGGUGGAUACGCCGUAUGGAGGUAAUGCCCCGAAAUUCCCCAGAGUCAGUGUUUGGGAUCCUUUCCGACGCCUUGGAGUAAGCCGGGAUGCUUCUGAAGAAGAGAUUUGGGGGUCAAGAAAUUUUCUGUUGCAACAAUAUGCUGGACAUGAGAGGAGUGUAGAAUCAAUAGAAGCUGCUUUUGAAAAAAUAUUGAUGGCUAGUUUCAUACAAAGAAGGAAAACAAAAAUUAAUUUGAAAACAAAGUUGAAAAAGAAAGUAGAGGAGUCCCCACCAUGGAUUAAGAACGUGUUAAACACUGUUGAAUUUCCACCAUCUGAAAUUAUCCUCAGAAGAUUAUUUCUCUUUGCCUUCAUGGGUGGCUGGAGCAUUAUGAAUUCUGCUGAAACUGGACCUGCUUUUCAGGUGGCAAUCUCUUUGGCUGCUUGCAUAUACUUCCUUAAUGAAAAGACAAAGAGUUUGGCUAGAGCGUUCAUUAUCGGGUUUGGAGCUCUUGUGGCUGGAUGGGUCUCUGGCUCAUUGCUGGUACCCAAUAUUCCAGCAAUUUUGUUGCGCCCAACUUGGACCCUUGAACUCUUAACAUCUUUAGUAGUUUAUUUUUUCUUGUUUGUUGGUUGUACUUUUUUCAAGUGAAAUGUGGCAACUAUUCUUCCAUAGUUUCAUUCAGUGUACUGUACUCUUAAUGAGUUUCUAGGUGAUCAAACUCUAAAUUUUUUUUGCAUUUA